CCACCCCCCCAACCCCUCCGGGAGAGGGUACGGCGCGCCAGAGAGAGACACAUUCGCGGAGAAAAGACCGUUUCGGGCUCCCGGUUCUGUUUCCGCUCUCAAUCCGGGGCCUAAAUGCUGUAGCGGACGGCGCGUGGAGGAGAGAGCGCGACUCAGAGACGACGCAGCGAGCCGGAGAGGGACAGGGCGGACCGGGGGACACGACGGGACUGCUCACUCGCCUGGAAACAUGGGGUGCACACUGAGCGCCGAGGAGCGCGCCGCUCUGGACCGGAGCAAGGCCAUCGAGAAGAACCUGAAGGAGGACGGGCUGGUCGCCGCCAAGGACGUCAAGCUGCUCCUGCUCGGCGGCGGAGAGUCCGGGAAAAGCACCAUCGUCAAACAGAUGAAGAUUAUCCAUGAAGAUGGCUUUUCUGGGGAUGAUGUGAAGCAGUAUAAGCCUGUGGUCUACAGCAACACCAUCCAGAGCUUGGCGGCCAUCCUUCGAGCCAUGGAUUCACUCGGCAUCGAGUUUGGAGACAAGGAUCGAAAAGCCGACGCUAAGCUGGUUUGUGAUGUCGUCAGUCGUAUGGAGGACACGGAACCGUACUCGGCAGAGCUUCUCGCCGCCAUGAAGCGUUUAUGGGCCGACGCCGGGACUCAAGAGUGCUUCAACCGGGCUCGGGAAUAUCAGCUUAACGACUCUGCUCAAUACUACCUGGACAGCCUAGACCGGAUCGGAGCAGCAGACUACCAGCCCACAGAGCAGGACAUCCUGAGGACUCGAGUGAAGACCACAGGCAUCGUCGAAACCCACUUCACCUUCAAAAACCUCCAUUUCCGGCUGUUUGACGUCGGAGGUCAAAGGUCAGAGAGGAAAAAGUGGAUCCACUGCUUCGAGGACGUGACGGCCAUCAUCUUCUGCGUCGCUCUGAGUGGUUACGACCAAGUGCUCCAUGAAGACGAAACGACUAACCGCAUGCAUGAAUCGCUCAUGCUCUUCGACUCCAUCUGCAACAACAAGUUCUUCAUCGACACCUCCAUCAUCCUCUUCCUCAACAAGAAAGAUCUGUUCGCUGAAAAGAUCAAGAAGUCGCCGCUGACGAUCUGUUUUCCAGAAUACACAGGUGCUAACACUUACGAAGACGCUACGGCUUACAUUCAGGUUCAGUUCGAGAGCAAGAACCGCUCUCCCAACAAGGAGAUCUACUGUCACCUGACCUGUGCCACAGACACAGGAAAUAUCCAGGUAGUGUUUGAUGCCGUCACUGACAUCAUUAUUGCAAACAACCUUAGAGGGUGUGGCUUAUACUGAGGCCCGCCCCCAGAAGCACAGAGUUGUCGUGGAGUGUGUGAGGUGUUAAUAAUGAGAAUUUUGAGGAUGCUUAAACACGUAAAAUAUGUAAUUCUACACGUCAAAAAAAAAAAAAAAGGACCCAAAGAGCUGCCAUCAGACACCACACCGGAUCAUUGCCAUUUGUUUCCUCCCUUAUUUUGAUUUAAGGUACCACUCCCUCCCUCUCCCCCACUUCUCUGUUAAAUAUGUUUCUGAGCUGAAUGUUUCGUCUUUCGACUGACAUCAGAAGCACCAGGGGUUCGUUCAGACGCAGCUUUGUCCUGCAGAACUCUUCAGAACCCUAAAAAAUGCAACAAAAGGUGUCUGAUGCCGCUCUUAGACUCAGAGUAGGACACUGUGACCGACCUGUAGGCGUUUAUACCCUGAAUUCAGCCUCUGGUGCUCUGAAGAGCUGCUGCGUGCCAAGGUGGAGAUGAUGAUGAUGUCAUGGAGGUGCUGAACUUGUGGCUGAAGGUCGUAGACAGAAAGAAGGAGGCUGUGUUAACUUUCCUCCAACCCUACAUGUGACUGAGCAGCCUGCAGCUCCGUUCCACUGAUUUUUUUUUAUGUUCAAAUAGAAAGAAAGGACUCCUCUGUUCAGAGCAGCACUCGCUUCCCGCAGUGUAAACAAACAUUUAAAGAUAAAAGGAUAAAUCAACACGCCCGUGCCAACCAUUCAAGGAUAAAUUUGUGAAUAGAAUAAAAAAAAUAAUCAAUUAUAUUAUUUAAAUUAACUAUAUAAGGUUUUUUUUUUUUUAGGGGGGAGGGAGAAAGAAUUUUUAAAAUCUUUUCCCUUCCUGAUUAAUGAACAGGAACUCCCUCCCCCGAUCGUCUGUACAGCUCCCCAGUUUCUUCACCCCCCGACUUCUCUUAACCCAUCACAUAUCAGUCCUCACAUCUCCAUUUCCACCUUCAAAGCACCGUACUGUAUAUAUAUUAUGAUUAUACCAGAUUUUUUUCUUGUUUUUUUUUUUUUACUGUGAAUGUUUUUGUGCCGCACCCCCCCAUCCUAUUCAGUAGAUUAUUGGUUGCUCUCAUGUGGAAUGUUUGUGCUGAGUCAAUCGAAUGUUGUGUUUACAUUAAAGCCACUCUUUUCCUAACUAC